AUGGACGAUACGGUGCUGGAAAAGGUGCUGGACGCUCGUUUCCUCGAGUUGAAGUUCGUGUUCGACAACACGAAGAUCAAUGACCUCGCCGUGAACAGAUCAGUCAUCUCCGAUGAUAUCUCAGCCGGGUGCCAAAGCGAUCUCGAGACGCUCCACGCGACGGAUGGCCUGGUCACCAUGGUGUGCGGGGUCAUCGUCGCGCGUGACGACGACGACCCUGUCGACGUGCCGCCGUCCGACAUGGGAAGCCACCUUGGCCGCCUUCUGGACUGCGCCGACGGCUCCGACGUCUCCUUCGUCGUCGAGGGCGAGAUGUUUCCCGCGCACCGCGCGGUGCUCGCCGCCCGCUCGCCGGUCUUCAGGGCGCAGCUCCUCGGCGCCAUGGCGGAUGCCAAGAUGCCGUCCAUCACCAUGCACGACAUAUCGGCGGCGACGUUCAAAGCCAUGCUCCGGUUCAUGUACACGGACGCCUUGCCUGCCGACGACGAGCUCGGGGAUUGUCCAUUGAUAAUCGAGGUGUUUCAGGAUCUGCUUGCCAUGGCCGACAGGUACGCGCUGGACAGGUUGAAGCUCAUAUGUGCUAGGAAGCUGUGGGAGAACAUGGCGACAGAUAAUGUCGGCUCAACCUUAGCCUGCGCCGAGACGUAUAAUUGCCCGGAGCUGAAAAGGAAGUGCAUUGCCUUCGUGGCCAAGGACGAGAACUUGAAGAAGAUCGUGCUGACCGAUGGUUUUCUUCAGUUGGUGCAGAAGUACCCAUCGAUUCUUGCCACUACUGCAAAAAAAAAUUUAGAGACGGGUAAAAACGUAUUUUUAGGGGUGGAUGCGGUAUCCGUCCCUAGUUCUCGUAGCUAA